AUGGCGUGGGGCAACGCCGUCGGCGUCGCGUCGUGGGUGGACAAGCUCGCGAACGACGACCCGAGCUUGACGUCCGUGACCGUGUUCCGCGGCCGCGCGUUCGGCCCCGACGAGGCCGCCGCGGUCGCGAACGCGCUGAAGACGAACACGCACCUGCUCGAGCUGUACGCGUCCGGGCACGCGAUGGACGCGCAGACCGCGGGCACGUUCGCGGACGCGCUCGCGACGAACGCGACGCUGCGAUCCCUGUGCGUCGGCGACGACGCGUUCGGCGACGACGGCGUGCGAGCGCUCGCGCCGGGGAUCGCCGCGAGCGCGUCGUUGCGAUCGAUCGAUCUGGAGAACAAAGGCGUCGGCGACGACGGCGCGCGCGCGUUGGGCGACGCCAUUCGCCAUUCGGGCCGCGGCGCGACGCUCGAGAGCGUCAACCUGUCGCGCAAUCCAAACCUGGGCGAAGCCGGGAUCGUCGCCGUGUGCGACGGCGCGCGUUUGGCCGGGGGGUUGACGCGUCUCUCGCUCGCGGGGGCGACGCUCGCGGACGCCGCGUGCGCCGCGAUCGGGCGGUGGCUCGCCGCGUCGACGCGCGUCGACGUCCUCGAUCUCACGGACGCGACGUUCGCGUCGGACGCGGGCGCGGGGCUCUUGCUCGAUGGGCUGCGCGCCGUGGCUGAAGCGGCGGACGAAGAGGAAGACGAAGAGGAAGAGGAAGACGGGGAGACCGAGGAGCCGGGACGCCGGGUCCUGAGGGAGCUGAUUUUGGACGGCGCGAAGCUCGGGGACGCCGGCGCGGUCGCGUUGGCGGGGGGCGGGAGCGCGCGCGGCGGGGGUUUGCCGGUGCGAUGCCUGUCGCUGAUCGGGUGCGGGAUCGGCGCCGAGGGCGCGAUCGCGCUCGCGCGCGAUCUCGGCGCGGUGAACGCCUUGAACUUGAGGGAUAACGCGAUAGGGGACGACGGCGCGAAGGCGCUCGCGGCGCGCGCGAGCGGCAAGUUGAAAACCGUGGACGUCGGCUCGAACGGUCUGGGCCCCGUCGGCGCCGCGGCGUUCGUGGGGCUCGCGCUCGGGUCGACGUUGGAGAGCCUGUCGCUGUUCGGGAACGAGGAGAUCGGUGGCAUCGGGGAGCUGCGGCCCGUGUUGAUGGGCGCGAUCGAUAUGUUGCGACUGCCGUCGUCGAGCGAAGAGCCGUGCGCGUCUUCGAUGAGCGCGGCGUUCGCGACCUUGGACCUCGGCGGGUGCGGGGUGACCCUCGGCGGGCUCCGCACCCUGUGCGAUUGCUUAUCGGAGACGCCGACGCUGUUCCCGAAGCUCGAGACGCUCGUGCUCGGCGGGAACCCCGGGUGCCAGGACGACGAGUGGGAAGACGUCCUCGAGCGUUUGAGAGCGGGACGCGUCGGGUUGGACGCGGCGUGGAGAGCCGCAGACGCGGGGGAGAAUCCGGGGGGCGGGGGCGGGGGCGGGGGCGCGGCGGCGCCGUCGGGGGAGGAGCUUCUGCGACGGUACCGGGAGCAAGAGCGAGAGAACAUCCCGCCGAUCGUGGACGAGCCCGAUAGCGACUAG